AUGGCACGACUGUUAUCCCUCCUUGGAAUCCUCAGCAGUAUGCAAGGCAGCACACAGCUGGAACCUGAUGUGCAACCCAAUGAUGGUGGGCAGGCAGAACUGAAUGUGCAGCCCAAGGCCAACAGUGCCCUGAGGGGCUUCAGUGGAGUGUAUGUAGCUUUUAAUGGGCUCGGCGCGAUUGCAGGUCCCAUCGCCCCUCGCGGUAUCGAAGAUGAUCAGACCUACACUUCACCUCUGAUCGUCCUUCUCUCUAUCUCCGUCGCUCUCUUUGUGUGUUUCACCGUAAAGGUCAUGUACAUGAAAUACCGCCGCAUCAAGACAAUACACGGGCACCCGUGGGCCGACCGUGACUCCGAGUCUCUGUCUCCAGCGUCGCCGUCCCGCCGAUCAGCAAGAGAACGCGAUCCUCACCCAGGCCUCAUCAUUGGUUGCUUCGGGUCUCCAAGUUGGGAAACACGCAUUCAUUCGAGGGUUGAUAAUCAGGCGUGCGCACGGCUCUCGACGUUUUCCUACCAGAUGCGCAGUACUAGGAAAACAAGAGUUCGCCGAUCCCCCGAAACGCGUUCGGGUCUCAGCGAAAUAACAAGCUCAAGUUCUCGGGCCGUAGGUUCAGCGUCGCACUUAGGUUCGGUCAGAGACCGCGAAAGUGGUCUGACAGUGCCAUCACUACUGCGACCUCCGCGAACGUUCACCUAUGAUGGAGAAGGCAUGCGGAAGACCGUCCAUUUGGUCCCUCGAUUGCUCUAUGACUUAGGAGAUAGUCUGCCUACCACGAAUACCAGUAGCAACAACGAUAACCAUACCGAUGAUAUCGACCAAGAGACGCUAGAGGGUCCAGAUUCUCCCCGCAGUUCCAUCAGGUUGAUAAACAGACUACCUGGAGACCCACCUCAUCCCUUUUUGUACGGACCGCUCGGGAUUAGUCGGUUGUCUCCUCUCAUGGAGGCCAUGGAUUCUGUUUCGCUGUCGAAGUCUUCCUCUGAAAUUCCCGAGCAACUUUGUGACCCGGCUGUCGCGUCUGUGUAUUUACCCAGUUACCCAUUUUCGCCCCCGGUGGCGCUGAAUUGUGCGGUGCGGACCGUGACAAUGAAACACGAAGACGCUGCCUAUGAACCCGCGAGCAAAAGAUGGAGCAAGAGAUCGAUACAUGGGAACGUUCGGUUUCGAAGUGGUCCCGCGGGUGUAUCCCCAUUGCGAGCACCUUUGAUCCCGGUCGAUGUGGAAGACAUAGUCGCCAUCACUGACUCACUCCUGGUUGUGCCCGACUUCUUGCAUCAAUAUCCCGCUCUCCGAGAGCGUUGCCUACCCCGAAUGAUCACCUUGAUACCACCACGAGACUUGUUGUCCAACCUUACGACUCCACUUCCUGAUAAUAUCACUACACCCAUAACCUAUUUGAGGAAUUUCUCCCAUAAUGAGGCUUCCUUUCGAACACUGGCCCCCGACAGACCAGAGGAUACCCUCGCCAAUGCAACACCAGAUUGUUUCUGUUUGGACUGCGAAAAGUUUUACAAUGAGAAUGGCAGGAUGGUCAGUACGACCACUUCCCAGAGAUUGGAGUUGCACGAUAAGCCUCCUCUGAGGUUCGAAAUGUUAGGAUUGUUCAUUUUCUUGGACCUUUUGCCGACCCCUUAG